AUGGACCAUCCUGAGCCCAUAUCAAAACGUGUUCCAGAGAUUCCGCAAUGUCGGAAGGGUUUCACUCUCGAAGAGGCGCGUGGCUUUGUCGACGCCGUAAUGCAGGUCUUUCAUAGCCUCGAAGAUAUGACCGAUUUGCGCUCUAUGUACGAGACUGGGAAACAGCUCAGUCGUCUGUAUUUUGACUGUCAUCAAUACCGCGUCGAUCUGGCCGAAUAUCUAACUAGCCUCGAAUAUCCGGCCUUCGCGUCGAAGAUGAUGAAGAAACUCAACAAUAUGGGUGUCUUCAAAAACGACAAUAUCUGGUUUUCCUCCUUUUAUUUCUACAAUACAACGUGGAACUUCUCUGAAAUAUGGCCAGAUUUUGCCACUGCUCUUGCCAACGCGGGUCUUCCCAAUUUACUGAACCUUAAUAUCGGCCACCAGCCCUAUUUGGACAAUUUACCCAGUAAAAACGUCUACUACCUGGUGAAAGCUAGUCUAUCCAUCAUUCACAAUAUCGCCCGUGUACCUGGCAAUGUACACUGUUUUUCUACUGACUCUGUCAAGAGCGCUUUAACGAACAAGUUCUUGCGAGAGGAAGAGUUUCUUCGAUGUAUCUCAGACCUCUGUCUGGCCUACAUUGUAAACGACAACGACACCAAUCUCAUGACACAAUUUAUCAAUGGUGCCCCACCUAAUAACAGUAGCGUCUUGCAAGGUCUCGUUGACCAUGUGGUGACGGCGAAGGCAUCAGAAAAGCGGCGCUGCCAUGGCUUCCAAGUGUCGGAAUUGAUGUCAGCCAUCGCCACGUUGGCAGUUAAUGAUAGUAUAAAACCAGACAUCCUCUCAGUUUCAGUAAAUCAAGCUGGCGAACGCAUCACCAUCACACAGUUGGCCAAGGAGGCGAUCGAAGCAGCCACCCAAAGCACCCCUUCUCUAAUGGUGAUUCGUGAGGCCGAGGAGGCUGUUCGUUUGCUUUGGAAUCUUUCUCUCGAUCCACGAGCGCCCAAUCCCUCGUCUGAAUUAAAUUCACUAAUCGGGAACUGGCUCUCUAGCUUCAUUAAGGAGGGCAAAACAUCGUCUUUACCGAGCCACCUGGCUAAAGCACUUGAGGCUGUGUCAGCACGUCUUACCAUUCCCUUACCAGCCUCUGUUUCACCGGGUCAAGGUGUCUUUCUUAUCUCCUUCGCACCAGUUAAUCGGAUGGCUGCCGUGAAGAUUGCUGAGCGCCUACAAGCUGCUGGCCUUCCUGUGAGCACACUGGAAUCACCGGAUUCAGACAAUGCUCUCCCUGACUCCUCCGCCGUUGGUAUGUCGGGUACCUAUUCAGUCGCUACCUCAUUUCCGCAUUGGCGAAAGAUGAUAGAGUCCGCUAGCGUUAUUGUGGUCUGCGCUUCUGAGGCCUAUCGGCUGUCUCCUGGUUGUCGUUACGAGAUUGAAUCUGUUCGUCCCGGUCUCACCACCUCCAACAACAUCCCCGGAGGUGACUCAUCAAUUAAACAACCCUCCAGGUACAUUCUCCCUGUCUACCUGCAACCAAAGUACAAACCUUCCGGCUGGCUUGGGGAUCUUCUUGCCGGGCAGGUUGUUCUUGAUCUCAGUGGCCGCAGAGAUCUGGACAUUGGAUUCGAGAAUUUUAUUCUUCAGGCACAAAAUUUGUAUGCAGAAGUGAAACAGGCCCUUGGUUCAAUGUUGGCUAAUGACAGGAAAGGUUCUUUAAGUGCUAUAUCUGCUGGUGCGCCUUCACAGACCAAUCAUGUGGAUGGACUUAUUCCUGGAUCUUUGAGGAAGAUAAGCAAUGAAUACGUUAGUUGUACGACAAGUCUUGGUCGAGAUGGCAGUUUGCCAAAGGGUACCGCACAGCCGAAGGGGCCUUUUUAUGGACCAGUUUCUGGAGCACCUUCGCCCGAUGCUAUACUGCGCAUCCGUAAGUCAGCAGUGCGUACUGAGGUGCGCUCGUGGUCUACCAGCACAGUUUCGCAGUGGCUGAAGUUUCGCGGUCUGGGGCAAAUUUUGCAAGUAACCGGAGCUUUUGAUGGUCUUCUACUGUCUCAACUCGCCGCAAUGCGCUUCUGGGCGCCAGAAUACUUUGCUCGCUCUCUCCAGACAGAGUUGCAUUUGUCCUUCAUCGACGGUCUACGAUUAAUUGAGGCUUUGGAUGAGCUCUCUCCUGGGUGUGGCGUUGGUGAGGAUGAUGGUUUCACAGGUCCCGGUGGAGAGGCAAAUUACGAUGACCGCGCAGACGCUUUCUCUCACGUGAGCGGUUGCGACAAUAUGGGCGGUCGUUAG